AGCACGGGUUAUCACCACCAUCACAGUCAGCGUCUCAUCCCCCACCAAGGUGUCACUCCAGGCAGCUAACAGUCAGUCUUAUCCCGCGUUUCAUUGAACCAUUUUGAUACACAUUUCUGCGCGACAUCUCGGGACUGUUGGGGCCAUGAAGGGAAUCAGGUUUUUCGUGGUUUUCUUGGUGCUUUCCGCGUUUCUGUCGUGCACAGCCGAAGCGGCCAGGAGCAGGACCAGCAACCAGAACAGCUUCCGACGGGCAGCUAACGGUAUCUACCAGACCCUGAGCAGUGUCUUCGGAGAGGACAAUAUCAGAGGGUUGUACAAAUUUUUCUCCAAAACGACGGAGCGGUUUGUCCAUGGCGUGGACUCUUUUCUGGACACCAUCUGGAAGAUCUGGUCAGAUUUGCUGGAUGUGAUGGGCAUCGACUCCUCAAACCUCAGCCACUACUUCAGCCCCACAUCUCUCACCAACUCUCCGGCACGCGCCCUGCUCCUGGUGGCCGCCUUUCUUGUGGCCUACUGGUUCCUCUCCAUGUUCCUGGGGGGUUUCUUUUACCUGCUGCACGCUGUGUUCGGCCGCUUCUUCUGGCUAGCGCGCGUCACACUCUUCGCCCUGUCCUGCCUCUACAUCCUGCAGAAGUUCGAGGGUGACCCAGAGCGCGCGGUGCUGCCACUUUGCUUUAUCAUGGCGGUGUACUUCAUGACGGGGCCCGUGGGAGCGUACUGGCGUCGGGGAGGCGGUGCAGGUUCACUGGAAGAGAAGAUCGACCACCUGGACACUCAGAUCAGGUUGCUUAACAUCAGGCUGAGCCGCGUCAUAGACGGCCUGGAACGCACUGGGGACCAGUAGGUAGCAGCGAGGAUGAUGGGGAGGGAGGGGAUAUCGUACAACCAGCUGCAGCUGAUGGCAGAAUGCUGUUUCCAGUACACAUCUGCAGCAACACAACUACUGGGUAUUUACUAUUAUCAGAUGGGAGACAAACUAGAUUUGAAAUCAGUAUUUUAAUGGCUUGAGUUUAUUUUAGUUACAGGAUACCUAAAAAAAACCUCAGAGGUCGGACAGUUCACUCGGAGCUAACGCAAAUCAACCAAACACUUUUUCUGUUUGUUUUUCGAGGCUUUGAUCGAAAGCUUUUUGCUACAUUUGUGAGGAAGUUAUCAGAGGGAUGUCUACUUUUUUUCUAAAUGCUGGCCUAAUUCUACACCUCAGCUAUUUUUGAGAAAUUCCCAAGCUGAGGUUUGAAUUCUUGGGGUUUGGAUAAGCAUCGUCAAUGCUUUUGCUAAAUGAAUAAUCAUAUUUUAUGUAUGUUUGUUUGUUUCUAUCCUUGUGAAUAGCCUGGGGGUUACAAUUCUUACACAGGUUUGUCCACAAACAUGUAUUCCCCUUUUUGAACCUACUGAAGGUUUGGGUUGGGUUCGGGUGUAUGAUGCAGGGGCCCAAUAUAAACAUUGUAUUUCUAAUAUGUAAAAAAAAAAAAAAAAAAAAAAUCCUCAAGAUGUUGGAUAGUUGUUCAUAGUAAGAUUUAUUUAUUCCAUUUUCCAUCCAAAAAUGUUGAAAUCAUGUAGUCCUAGUUUGUUUCAUGAAGUCACCGUCCCAUAGUGGCAAUAGUUUGACAUCAGGACCUCCUUUUCAUUGCGUGUGUUUUUGUGUAUGGGUGCAUGAGCAGAUGAACCUGGGUGACCUACUCAAAGGUGUGUGCAAAUGCAUUAUUGUUUUGUGUGUGUGUGUGUGUGUGUGUGUGUGUGCGUGUGUGUUUCAAGCUUGUGAAAUGGUAAAGCACUGUAUCAAAAAGUCACCAUCAGAGUAGGAGAAAAUGCAGACAGGCAGCAAUAUCUCAGGGACUCAACCUACACACAUAGAAUUGGAAAAGAGAUAUCAAGUAUAUUAAAAUCAUGUCUUGGUCUCUUUGAGCCACUUUACAGCUUUUCAGAUAUGGUUUUAAAUCUGUCUCAGUAUCUUACAACACUUAUUGAUAAAUGGGUGCACAGUUUGUGUUCUUGCAUCAUGUUGAAAAGUUAAAUGUCUUAUGUCAUGACCAAAUCCAGCUUUUUGAUACUAGCAUGGAAUAAGUGUAGGGAUUAGAACUGCAGCUUUGGAAAGCAUUGUUAAUAUUUACUGUACAUGUGUGAACGCACAAGCAAAUUAUCCACAAAAAUGCUUUAGAAAAAAAAUACUCAAGUUGUUGUAAGUCACACUGGUUUGAAGCAUGUCUUAAUACAUCUUUUUGGGUGAGGAUUUUUAGCGUAAACUGGAACCAUUUCUCAACUUGAUUACACAUUAAAUUAGGGCUAGUGCCUUUGAUGCUGUGGCAAAAAUACAAGCUUGUACUGUAAAACCCCAUUUAGCUCUGUGUUGGAAAAUUUAAAGCUGUGCAAUAUUUUAAAUUGCUUCAUGUUAAUAUGUGAUAAAAGCUCUCACCACAGAUCUACAACCAGCCUGAUUGAUACAUACAGUAUGUCUUAUUAAAGCUGUGUUUUACACACAGGCUUGGUGUGCAUCACUGUAGCCAACGCUUGUUAGUUAGAUUUAUAGGGCUUUUUAUGUCUUCAUUAUUUCUGCCAAUUAAUUUUUAUAUUUCCUCAUCAUGUGCCAUUAUACAAGAGUGGGACUUUCCCUGCCAUGCUUCUCCUUGUUUAACAUUUAUGUCUUCAGCUAUUCAUAUUCCCCUUCUGCAUAGUUUUUGCAAUUUCAAUGUAUAAAAUCUGGACUCUGUAAACACAUUACAAAUGACCCUAAUGCUGUGCAAGUUUAGAAAAAUGUUGUUUUUAGUUUCAUCUUAAGGAUACAAGUCAUUGUGGCCACACUCUCUUGGUGCAUCUGUGACACACCUAGGGGGGGCGGAAUCAGAAAGAACACAUCAUUAUCACUACUUCGCCCCCUUUAAUCACAGAGCUCCCUCAGUCGUGACACACCGACAGUUUUGUAAUCCUGCAGAGAGUUUUCCUUAGAGGAAACUUGUUAUUGUCUGAGACUUCAGAAAUCGUUUUUUAAAGUUCAGUUUUGAACCUGAAUGAUCUCUACCACAUUAUAUUGCUCAUCACAGCCACAUCUAUUUGUAUUAUACUUAAAAAUGUGCAGCUCCAGGCCACAGUUUGGCCAGCUUCAUUUAAGUAAGAGAUGUGAACUGCUUUCAAUGUGUCAGUCUCCAACAUGCCUGCUGACGUGCAAAAGAAACUGCGCAGACUAGUUAAUCAAAGACACAUUUGAUGCGCACAUAAUCAUGUGAGGCUCUGUAGUCAUUUUACAACAGUCGGAUGCAGGUUGCACAAAAUUUAACCAGCAGAUCUGCUGUGCGUAACUGUCUCAACAGUGCAACAUCACUCCAGUUAGAGACUAGAGAUGGAACAGAUACAAGUGUAAAGAGAGUCUCCAGUGUAAAGGAAAGGCCUUUAGCAUAGUGUUAAAGCACCUGGAAGCUACUAUAGCGAUAACUACCAAAAACAGCCCAAACUAAGGAGCACACAGCCUCCUUACAUCAUCAGACAUUACCUAAAUUUUAUUGGCCAUCCUAUGUUUCACCCAAGUCGGCGCUUAUGCAAGUCAGUAGUCUUGUAUAGUUAAAGACACUACCCAGGCCAAAGAACCAACGAGUAUUUAUACCCUCGACACUCACAUUAACAAAAUCCUCAGCAACUAUCAGUAGCACAGUCAGAUAAUUACUAUCACAUAUGUUUUAUUUUUAAUAAUACAUUCAGUACAAUGGCUGGCUUCAGAUUCAUAUUUUGCUCUGCCUUUCAUCCUCGUUGGAGUUAAGUCAGCAAAAUCAGUUUCAUAUUUGAACACAGCUCUCUCUCCCCAAACACACCCAGUUCAUACCCGCAGUAACCCGCCACCCCCCAGUAAACCCAAAGUCUAAUUAAUUGGGAUUUUCUUGCAUGCUUUAUGCCUAUAAUAUUAUGUUACAUUAUAUACAUGUUGACUGCCUAGGUAGAGAACUCUUACAGAAUGUGAUGUGUGAUGUGAUGGAGUUAGUCAAGAAGUUAAUUAUAUUAUUUUGUGUUAUGAGUCUUAUUUUUCUGCAUUACUUCAGUCACAUUUGAAAUGACGACUGUACUGAACUGUGUGCAUCAAAUAUAACACUUAACUGGACACAAAGCCACUGUAUAAUAUGUUGGGAAAUCGAUUUGCAGAGGUAAAGCUGAUUGAAAGAGGGGCUUGAUGCUGGUGUCUUGUGUUGUGUGGUUACGGUCUAAAGCCCUGUGUGUGUUUUCCAAAUGACAGUAUGUGUAAUUUAUGAAGGUGAUGAUUGAAACGUAAUUGAAGGACUGUUUGUAGCCAGUUUCCCAAUGGAUGGUGGUACUAAAGCUUUAGUAAACAUUUCGAAAGAUUCAGGAUUUUGAGAGGUACUUAUGAGGUUGUUGUAUUUUAGACACUGAAAACUGAAGGAUGAGGAGUGAAACUGUUUUUCUUUGAACUGCACACUUCUCUCACUGUUUUUAUUGAUUAUAUCUAGCACCACAAAAAUGUUUGUUUGUGAGACAAAAACCAGCUUGAGAAAACAGAGAAACUGUAAACUUAAAGUUGCCGCUCGUCGUAGGCCAACUCAUUUACUACUUGUCAUUACCACUUGGAUGUUGCAAGAUGCCAGUGGAUGUUUCUGUCGACAUCCCUCAGCACUGAUUAUAUUUAUUGUCUGUUAAACCCGCCGGUUAAAUGGCCGGUGAUUCCUUUAUUUUAAUGUACUCUGUCCUACUUUUUCCUGUUAUUCCAUGUAGCCUGCUUUUUAUAACAUGCUGUGCCAAUAAUUUAUAUUUUUGUUUAAUAAUUGUGUUGAUUUUUUUUCCAUUUCAUCAAUAUUUUUAGACCUUUUUUUAUCUGAAUAUUUCUGUACUUUAGUGGCAAGCACCAAACUGUCCUGCCUGCUGUUGUCUGUGUGAGUGUGUGUCUUUAUGAAAACCUGUCCAUGGAGAAAUCAUUCCUUUUUUUUCUUUUUGUCAGUGAAAAUGAGGUCCAGAUUUGAAUAAAUUAAACACCACGGUAUGACAAA